AUUCUGUGAUGCCAGCCUGAGAACAGAGCUCUGCUCAGCCCAGAGCUGCCCGACRGUGGGACCCGACUCCCUGGAAUUGUUAAUUCAUCAGCAGUGGAUCGAGCCCCCGUGUGGGGAAUGGGACAUCUCAGGUUGCUCUGGCACGGAUUCUCAGAGGAAUAAACGGGAGAAUCUCCUGAGAGCCAAAGCCUUACACGGAUCUUAAAAUCAAAUCAGGUUUUCCACAAGGUGUUUGGUGUCCGCUGAGGCUGGAAGAUCCCCAGUUAAACAUCAGCUCAUGCAUGGCCCAUGGGAGCAGCCGGGGACCUCAGAGCUUGGAACAGGGCAGGUACCAUCCCUACACAACGAAGCCACAGGGGGCCCAAACAAAACACUCAGGACACAAGCCCAGGAACUCCAACCCAUGCUUUGAUUUAGCAAACUGCUUCAAGCUGUCCUCCACCUUCAGUGCCAGGUCAGCCCAGCAUGGCCACCCAGAUGUUCGAGGGCAGAGGGCAUGCGGCUAUCUACCAGAAAUACAGGUUUGCACCGGGCAAAGAGCUGCAGCAGACCAUCCUCUCCUACCUGCGGGAAAAAAAGGCAAUCCCUGCAGAGCUGGCCGUGGAUGUUGGCUGUGGGUCUGGACAAGGCACGCACUUCCUUGGGGAGCACUUCAAGAAGGUGGUGGGGACGGACAUCAGUGAAGCRCAGAUCCAGGAGGCCAAGGACACCCCCUGCAUGCCCAACAUCUCCUACCUCGUGUGCCCUGCAGAGGAGCUGCCGUUCCAGRAUGCCUCCGUGGACGUCCUCACCUCGUUCACAGCCGCGCACUGGUUUGACUUUGAGAAGUUCAUGAAGGAAGUCGAGCGGGUGCUGAAGCCGGGCGGCUGCGUGGCCAUCAGCACCUACACUGUGGACAUGAGCCUGCGCUACGGAGACUGCUCCGAAAAGCUCACCAAAAUCUUCAGGGAGUGCUGGGACACAAUUUUAAAAUACUCACAUAAUAGAUUAAAAUAUGUAUUGGAAAACUACAAAGAGAUCUUCGARGCCUUGCCAUUCCCAGACAAGAAGAGAAUCACUGAUAUCUAUGACCAAAUUCCCAUGACURUUGAGGGUGUAGUUGGUUACAUGGAGUCUGCCUCUCCAUAUCAAACCUUUCUGAAGAAUGACCCUAAAACUGCCAGAACCCUCCUCCAAGAGACUGAAAAGAGGAUGCUGGAGACAAUGGGAGUUUCUUCUCGUGAGACCCCAGUGGAGUUCUGGGUGAGGCAYGUCUGUGUGCUGGGCUGCAAGGGACGCUGAGAGAGCAAACCCUUCUGAUCUGGUGCUGCAAUGGCAGGAGAAAGUGGGUUAUCUCCUGAAACUCUGCUUGUAACUGCUCUUACUCCUUGGGAAGAUUGGUGCYGAUUUCUGUGAUUGAAAUUUUGGUCUCCUGUGGAAAGCAGAUGGGGUUUGAUGCCCCUUGGGCUCCUGUGCACCUUGGUCCUGCAGUCUGCCCAGUGCUGCUCCUCGGCACUGGAAGGGUCCCGUUUUGGACUGCUGGUGGUUGGAUAACAUGGGAAGAGAAUCACAGUAAUCGCUGAGAAACUCAUUGCAUUUCUUACMCAAUAAAAAUUAAAAAUCAAGCU